GCCCGCCACCAGGCCGCCGGCCGAAUUGACAGUCCUACAUCGGUUCCGAUGCGCGCUGUACGUAAACACAGCGAUUAGUAUUUUCUUGUGUUGAUUUAAGUUUAGAUUCGGGGUCCAGGUCCUGUUGACUUUUCUUAAAGCUAUGUCGUGUCAACGUGGUCAGUAUGUGACAGCGGCUGUGGUAACCGCCGGGGCCAUCAGCGGAGCUUACUACGCCUACCGCUGGUACCAGGAGAAUGCGACAAAGAUACCCGAACAAUGGACCCAAGUCGGCACUCUCAAGGACAUCUACGCCUACCCGGUCAAGUCGUGUGGGCCCGUCAUUAUGAACAAAGCUGAACUCUCGAUUUUAGGGUUAAAAGACGGAUGGCUUAGAGACAGAUUUCUGAUGGUGGUGGACGAGAAGAACAACUUCGUGACAGCGCGCGCGUACCCGGAGAUGCUACUGGUGCACCCAUCCGUCAAGAGCUCCGUGUUGACCCUCAAGCAUGCUGACAUGGAACCUGUGCACGUCAACUUGGCAGAGGUAGUUACAAAUCAGUGCGCAAAAACUGCCCGCGUGUGGGGAGUAGAGGUGCCAGUGUUCGAUUGCGGCCAUGAAACCAGCGAGUGGAUCUCUAGAAUUUUAGACAAGUCAUCGAACAACUUCAGGCUAGUGUAUUACGCUUCGCACGGAGCUCGCACUCUCAGGGCUGGCACCAGCAAGAUCUACAGGUUUACUAAGAAUGAUACUGGCGCUUUACCCGACGAGGUGCCGUUCAACUUGGUCAACCAAGCGUCCGUGGACGACCUGAACACGCGGCUGAAGGAGACGCAAGUCACACCGCGCAACUUCCGUCCUAACUUCGUGAUGAAAGGCGGCAAGGCCUAUGAUGAGGACAACUGGAAGUUCGUCAAGAUUGGAGACAACGUUUUUGAAAUCAUCAAGCCGUGCUUUAGAUGCAUUUUGACCACAAUUGACCCAGAGACAGGAGUGCGAAACGUCAAUGCAGACCCUCUGGAAACACUUAAAACCUACCGGCAGUCGACGGAGCCAGCAGCGCGGCGCAGCGCAGGCUCGUCCCCGCGGAUGGGCGUCCAGAUGUCGCUGCGCUCGGCGCCCGGCGGGUUGGUCAAGCUCGACGACCCAAUUUACGUAGCCUAAGACUACGUACAGGAGGGCGAAGCACGGGUUUGCAUUUCAUUUCUGAUUAUCGAGUGGAUUCCAAGUGACAAGUAGCGAACCAAUUACAUGUCAUUGCGUCACAAUGGCGCACUGUGAUUGGUUAGCUGCGUUUCACUUCGAAUAAACUCGAUGGUCAUGUAAAUAAGCAAAGUCGCGCUACGCACUGCUUUUUCUUUCAGACCCAUAACGUAUGAGAUACCUUCUGGUCUGAUGUUUCGGUGGGUGUGAUCCAGCGUAAGUGGAAAAGGUAAUAGCCACUGCAGACAAGACUGGAUCUUUCUUUUUCACCGAUGUGAAAAUACACUAAGAUAUAAGAAUUAUUAGCAUUUUUCUACUUGGGCUAGAAACUAAUGGGUGGUGGCAGUGUUUUGAAUUUAACAACAUAUUAGUGAUAUGGUCGGUGGAUCUUCGGGUACAUAUAUAGAUCAAGUAUUCAUUUCAACAUAUUUUUUUAAUGGAUUUAGUAGCACAUAGCCUACUACAUAUACUAUCGCCCUUCGUUCACUUUUUAAAAUAUUUUCAAGCAAUCGGCAACAAUUAAUAUUUAGGAAUUAAAAUUAAUAAACGCAAAUGUCCAAAGACAAAAACCAACAACAAUACGUAUGGUCUAGUCUAGACACAACGACUUCAUAUCUCAGUAAUGCGAAUAUUUUAAUUUUUAGUGAUAAGAAUAACUAAGUAUAUAAUGUACCAAAUGUAAAUAAAAUAACGGUUUUAAGUUAAA